AGACUCUUAUGAUGGAGUCAGAGUACACGCAAUGCAGACGAUGUUUACUCAUAUUGUACUAGAUCAGGGUAAAGUUCGAAAGUUCAAAGAUUGAUUCUUAUCAUUUUGAUUUCUGUUACACAAUUAAUCAAUGAUAAGUAGGAGAAAAACGAUUGCUUCGUCGAAAUAUAGACUCAAAAACUUCAAAGUACUUUAUUGAUUAUCAAGGUCAUAAACUAUAACUGACGAAAAGCUCUUCUAAACCGUUUUCUCAGCUACUAAAUAAACUCUUGCGCAAUUUAAAAGGAAAAAUGUCCAAUGAUGACUGUAUAUUUUGUAAAAUAUCUUCCGGAAGAGACGAAAAGACACAGCUUGUCUAUGAAGAUGAACAAUUCGUUUCUUUUAAAGAUCACAAACCGGGUUCAGAUACACAUUAUCUAGUUGUUCCAAAAGAGCAUUUGGAUAGCUGUAAAGUGUUAACUGGAGAGCACGUUGACUUAAUCAAAAGAAUGAAGGAAAUUGGGAAGGAGCUUGUAAAGGAUGUGGACCAAAAUCAAGUUCGAUUUGGUUUUCAUUGGCCACCGAUAAUUUUGAUUAAACAUCUUCACCUUCACGUGAUUGCUCCUGUUACAGGAAUGUCAUUUAUGUCAAGGUUAAUAUUUAGAGAGAACUCUUGGUGGUUUGUGUCACCAGAAUAUAUGAUAGAAAGGCUUACAAAGCUGAAAUAG